GAAGAACACUGUUCUACAACCAGGGAAAUACUGAUGUCCAUCGAGAAUGGGAAUUCGCAAAUUAAAUGCAAAACUUUUAUAAAUUAUUUUUAGAUCUGUCUGAAUUUCAUACUGUGAAGAUCUAUAUUGAAGCCCCCUAGUAUAAGAACUAAAUCCUGAAGCCAAUAAUUAGUUUUGCUACAUAAUUCAGGGGAAUUUCGCAUAACCAUGAACAACUUAACGGACGUAUAUAAUAUGUCCACCACAUCCACAGAAGACGUCAACUCCGUCAACAACUCUACCCCUCCACUGAACCUAACAACCACAACGCGUGUGUACGAAAACAUUGCUCCUGUCACCCUGCUGUUUUUCUUUGGGGUGUCCGGCAACGUCAUUGCUCUGCUCGUUCUGAUUUGUUCUGCAAAGACUCACAAAUGGCGCCCGUUUUACAGGCUGGUAUUUGGACUCGCUAUUUCAGAUGGUGGGGGGAUUUUAGCGUCCUACCCGUUCGCUGAGUAUCGAUACAUUUCUAAUUUUGAAUACGUGUUCCCAAAGGCAGUGUGUGACUACGUAGGAUUCGUCUUCAUGUUCACCUUAAUGUCGUCUGCCAUGAUCGUCUGCUGUAUGUCUCUUGAUCGCUUCUACGCGAUAUUUUUUCCAAUCCUGUACAACACUCCGACAAAGAAUCGUCGAGUUCUGGUUAUGCUUGGGGUAGCUUGGACGUUAGCGGGGAUCCUUAGUUCUCUUCACCUAUAUGGCUUAGGCUCCAGUUUGAACUACUACCCGGGGUCCUGGUGUUUUCUGGACUUCAUCGACAUGUCGGUGUCAUCGAAUGUCAUCUAUUCCUACAUCUACGCCACCACUGGAGCAGUGGUCGUCAUACUGACGGUGACCGUCAACUUCAUCGUCAUCGUGUUUUUCAUUCGUCACAAGUUCAAAAAAUCGACAAAAGCAACCAAACACAAGGAUCUUUCAGUGGUUCUUUUCUUGCUGACUAUUGUUUUAGUCUUCACUUCCUGCUGGGCUCCACUAAUGGUGAAUAUUUUUCAGCACGCUUCUUUUGCUAUAACUGGACAGGGAAAGACGGAACUAAAUCUUUUGCGCAUGGCGGUGACCAACUCAGUUAUUGACCCUUGGAUUUAUAUUCUUUUCCGGAAGGAAUCGCUUGUCAUGCUGUUGAAUCUUAAGAAUCGUUUACUAAAAGAUAACAGCUCUCAACAAACAAGUACAUCAAGAUCAGGACUCUCAGAGAACAGAUAAACAACAAGACAAAUCAUCAACAUUUUAAGUCGAACCCUUAAGCUGUAGUUCUUAGAAUUAGUAUAGGUAUUAGAAUACCUCCAUUUGAAAAACGAUAUUGUAAACUUGCACUUUUUUUAUUGGCAACCCAGAUAUGAUUUAUUGCUAUUAUAAACAUUUAUUUUUUAAAAAUAAUUUAGUAGUCGUUCUGAAUAUAAUUUUUUGGACGUUUUUUGCGAAUAAAGAGGUUAAAUUAAAUAAGGUAUCUCAUCAUUUGCGUACUAGUGCAUUAGCUUUUAAAAGUAAUUCUGAAAAGGGUCAGCUGCAUUAUGAAUUAUCAUUGUAAAGCUGCAUUAUGAAUUAUCAUUGUUAAAGCUGCAUUAUGAAUUAUCAUUGUUAAAGCUGCAUUAUGAAUUAUCAUUGUUAAAGCUGCAUUAUGAAUUAUCAUUGUUAAAGCUGCAUUAUGAAUUAUCAUUGUUAAAGCUGCAUUAUGAAUUAUCAUUGUUAAAAGGUAUGAAUCAUUUUAUAUUGAUGUAAGACCUCAAUUAUUAAAUUAUGUUUAAAUUUCAUCUGGUUAUUAAUGUUUGUAUGCUUUUGCAGUAAUUACAUUUGUAUAUCACAAUAUAAUUAUGUAUCUGAAUCGGACAAGAAAAACUUCCCAAAUCUCAUAUUUUUCUUCUUGUAAAAAGCUUUAAUUUCUAGAUUGGAUAAGUUUAAUGAAUGAACAGAUUUCAAGUAUUACUAUUAAUUGUGUAAACAAAUGAUCAUCAUAUGUAUGAAUACGUGUAAAUAGUUAAAAUUCACUAUUAAAUUGUACUUUGCAUGCAUAUGCUUUUACAAAUAAAAUCAAUAUUGCUGGA